CAGACUUUUUAUUCGUAAAUUACUCUUUUUUUACCAGCCUCAUUCGAAAAAAAUAGAAACCUCGGGUCGCUGAUCUCGUUUCCCUUUUCAUGGUGUCCUCCGGUAAAAUAAAAAAAAAAAUACACGCGGGGCUUCCCCUGAUAUCUUUUUUUUUUUUUUUUUUUUUUUUUUUUCAUUUAAACAUGCUGAAUUUGAAUUUAAACCCAUUUUAUCAUGGCACCAUGGUCUCCCACAGUGAUAUAAUAAAAAAGAAAAUCCAGAAUCAAAAUUAUUUCUGUUACUGGCAAAAGAUAGCAUUGAUGAAUGUCUUUUUUGUUAUUGUUGUUGUUGUUGUUGUUAUAGUGAAGCUUUUAAAAACCAUUCUAAAAUGCGUCAAAUAAAAAGUGCAUCACUGUUGCUUUCUCCAAAAUAUCCUUCAAAAAAAAAAACAAAGUUUGAUAAUUCCUG